AUGUCUUCUCCAAAGAAUACUUCUCCUCCAGCUUCAAUCGCCGAAAAAGAAGCGCCAAAGGAUGAAGCAAAUAACAAUAAGGAUCUUAUUGUUGAACUAGAAAACUUAUCCAAGGAAAAAGAUAGUCUGACAAAGGCUUUGGUCAGAAAACUAGACAGACGAAUUUUGCCUCUCUUGUGUACACUGUAUCUUUUAAGUUAUAUAGACAGAUCAAACAUCGGUAACGCCAAGUUAGGUGGCCUAGAGAAAGACUUGAAUUUAUCAAAAUCACAAUAUCAGUGGUCUUUGUCUAUCUUUUAUUUCUCUUAUGUCAUUUUUGAUUUGCCUUCAAACAUCAUCAUGAGGCGCUGGCGUCCUUCAUUUUGGCUAGGCAUCCUUAUGUUCUUCUGGGGCACAGUCGCAACUGCUAUGGCUGCUAGUAAAAACUUUGCUUCCAUCGCAAGCGCUCGGUUUUUCAUUGGUCUAUUCGAAGCAGGCUUUUUUCCUGGCGUGAUUUAUUUCAUGUCAUUGUGGUACACAAGACAGGAAUAUGGUCGUAGAAUUAGUUUCUUUUGGUCCUUUAGCUCGCUUGCAGGUGCAUUUGGUGGACUGAUUGCUUACGGUAUUAGUCAAAUAUCUGAUGACCGCUUAAAGACUUGGCAAUGGUUGUUUAUUAUCGAAGGUAUCCCAACUAUCGUCUUGGCUGUAUUCACCGCAUGGUACUUACCAAAUGAGCCUGAAAGUGCCAAAUUUUUAACCAAAGAAGAACGAGAGUUUGCUUCUACUAGGCUUGCUGAAGAUGCAGGUGCUUCACAUAACCAUUCUUGGUCGUGGGCUCAAGUCGCAUCCGUCUUUACAGAUUGGAAAACAUAUAUAUUUAUGGCAGUUUACAUCACGGGCACCAGUGCUCUUCAAGGAGUCACCCUAUUCUUACCUUCUAUCGUAUCUGGUCUAGGCACAUGGCCCACUCCUGUGUCACAGGCAUUGACAACGCCCCCUUACUUUCUUGCUUUUUUAGUCACGGUUGCUGUCGGUUGGAGCUCAGAUCGAUAUUUUGAACGUGCUUAUCAUAUGUUGGUUACGAACAUUGUGGCACUCCUUGGUUUCUUACUGCUCAUGUUCCUACCUGCAUCUAAUGUGGCCGGAAACUAUAUUGCUGCAUGUAUUGUCACUGUAGGCGUCUAUGCUAAUGUCGCUGUAAAAGUAGCGUGGUUUAAUAAUAACUUUGGUGGUCUAACUCGUCGAGCUGUUGCUUCUGCCGCUAUUGUCUCUGUAGGUACUAUUGGCGGGGCUAUUGGUGGCCAAAUAUACUAUGAUCCUCCAAAGUACUUUGGUGGUAACUGCAUCGCGUUUGGAUGUAUGGCAGCCCAAACUGUCCUCGUGAUCAUCCUUCGAAUCUUAUUAGCCCGUGAAAACAAACGAAGGACCUUCUUGACAGAUUCACAAAAAGAGCAAGAAAUUGAAAAGUAUGGGGGCUAUGACUUGGUUGGUGAUCGUCAUCCUUCUUUCAAAUAUGUCUUGUAA